AGAGGUCUCAGCUUCGAACAUAUCAGAGUGCUCGGAGACACCUCGCCUUAAGUUUUGCUACUUUACGCCGUCCUCUUCUAUGUCGCAUUCGCCCGGGUUCGGUGGCUAAAAAUUUUAGGUUUUUUAGAAAACCACUCGGUAUCUGCUUGGUUUGCUCCUGUGAGCGUGGAUAGAUAUCGCUUUUUUGGAGAUUGAACAUCUAAGUGGAGGUUGGAAAUCUGAUUCUACAGGCAGAAAGAUGGAAUCAAAUGGCAUAGCUGGAAAACACGGUAUGGAGGGAGACGUAGACCUGCAGUUCCUGUUGACUGGAGGGGACCUACUGAAGGUUCGCUCCAGCUCCUGGAAGAAAACCCGCUUCUAUAAGCUCCAGGAGGACUGCAAGACCAUGUGGCACGAGUCCCACAAGACCCUCCGAUCCAAGCAGACCUGUGAGUGCAGAAAUCGACAACCACCAACAUUCUCCCUGGACGACAUCGAGGCGGUGCGGGCCGGGCGGCAGUCAGAGGGGCUGAAGAAGCACACGGAGGACCAGGUGGAUGGCCGCUGCUUCUCCAUCAUCUUCAAGGGCCGGCGGAAGAACCUGGACCUGAUCGCCAGCUCAGAGGAGGAGGCCAAACAAUGGGUGAGCGCUCUGGAGAAGGUCAUCAGCAACAUGCGCAACCUCAGCCGCCAGCAGAAGACUGAGCAUUGGAUCUACAACUGCAUGCGCAAAGCAGACAAGAACAGCGACAGCAAGAUGAGCCAGAAGGAGCUGAAGCACUUCCUGCAGAGGGUCAACAUCGAGGUGGACGAUGACUACGCCGAGAUGCUGUUCCAGAAAUGUGACCAUUCCAAUUCGGGCUACCUGGAGGGACCAGAAAUCGAGCAUUUCUACAAACUACUGACCGAGCGGGAGGAGAUUGAUGUCAUCUACGGGCAGUACGCCACCACAAACGGGCAAAUGAGCAGCACGGACCUGCUCAACUUCCUGCUGAAAGAGCAGCGGGAGUCCGCCUCCGUAGACGACGCCCUGAAGCUCAUCCAGAAGUACGAGGUGGACGACGCAGCCAAGGAGAAGCAGCACAUGACCCAAGAUGGCUUCCUGAUGUACCUGCACCAUGAAGAAGGCUUGCUCUUGAAGCCCUCCCACAAGGGCAUGUACCAGGACAUGACUCAGCCCCUCAACCAUUACUUCAUCUCCUCCUCCCACAACACCUACCUGAUGGAGGACCAGCUGAAGGGGCCCAGCAGCACUGAGGCCUACAUUCGGGCGCUGAUGAAGAGCUGCCGCUGUGUUGAGCUGGACUGCUGGGAUGGGUCAGAUGGUGAGCCGGUCAUCUAUCACGGCUACACGCUGACCUCCCAGAUCCUCUUCAAAGAUGUCAUCAAAACCGUGAAGGAGUAUGCCUUCAAGACCUCAGAGUACCCUCUGAUCAUCUCCCUGGAGAACCACUGCAGUGUGGAACAGCAGAAACUCAUGGCUGAACACAUGACCUCCAUCCUGGGUAGUGCUCUUCUCACGGGACCCCUGGGGGAUGAGAUGCCCACAAACUUCCCCUCUCCUGAGGACCUGAAAGGCCGGUUUGUGAUCAAGGGAAAGCGUCUGAACAAACUGGACGCCUUUUAUAGCGCUGAGGACGUGAUGGAGGACGACAGCGUGUCUGAGGAUGAUGAAGCUGCCGAAGAUGAGGAGGACGAGGAGAAGAAACCCAAGGAGAAGUCCAAGCUGAAACUGGCGAAGGAGCUUUCGGAGAUCGUCAUCUACUGCAAGAGCGUCCACUUCAAUGGCUUCGAGGACGCCAGAGACAACCUGGCCUUCUACGAGAUGUCCUCUUUCAAAGAAGGAAAAGCCCUUCAGCUGGCUGAAGAGUCAGCAAACGCAUACAUUCAGCACAAUGCGAACAAGCUCAGCCGAAUCUACCCUAAAGGGUCUCGAACAGACUCCUCUAACUAUAACCCUGUGCCCCUGUGGAACACCGGUUGCCAGAUAGUGGCCUUGAACUUUCAGACACCCUCUAAGGAGCUGGACCUGAACCAGGGCCGGUACUAUCCCAACAACUUCUGCGGGUACAUCCUGAAGCCGGCGUACAUGCGAGACCCUGCAUCCGAGUUUGACCCCAUCACGCUCACCAAGGGCGAGUGGCUUCAGCACAAGAUUCUACACCUCAUGAUCAUUUCAGGCCAACAGCUCCCCAAAGUGCACAAGACGAAGAAGUCCAUUGUGGAUCCCCUGGUGAGGGUGGAGAUCUACGGCGUACAAGCAGACGUCUCAGAGAAAGAGACGGCCAAAAUCACCAACAACGGGUUUAACCCCAUGUGGAACCAGCAGUUUCAGUUCGAGGUUUACGUGCCAGACCUGGCCAUGGUGCGCUUUGUGGUGGAGGACUAUGACUCCACGUCUCAGAACGACCUCAUCGGACAGUACGCCCUGCCCUUCAACAGUUUACAGAACGGAUACCGGCAUGUUCCACUGCUCACGAAGAAUGGUGAUGUCAUCCCUUCGGCGAGCCUGUUUGUGCACGUGAUGGUGCUUGAUGCCCAAUAAGCCUGUUCUCUACUGCCUAUCUCAGAGCCAAAAUCCGUGUGCUUUCUUACUUCCAAAGAAAUUCCACACAUCUUGUUUCUACACAUUCAACUGUAAUUUUUAACAUAUUUUCUUAUUCUCAGAUUCAACAGCUGAGAAGUGGUUUUGGUUACUUAGUUUGCCGUUUUUAGAAUUAGAUCAUUUUAAUGUGCUUUUAAUGAAAUGUUUCAUGGGACUGGAAAGAAUAAUAAAAAGCUGGACAAAACUGAACCAUCUGAAGUGUUCAUAGACGCAGAGAUAUUAGCAGGAUUCAGAAAGAUUUUGCAGACAUGGGGAUAAUAGCAGGAUCAAGGUUGUUUUCGGCAUGAGGGUAUCAGCAUGAUUCAGAAGCUUGAAGUUAAAGAAACGCUGCACAAGUGAAUCUUACCCUGUGUCUGGCACUAACAAUCAUAUCAGUUCACAGUCCAGGAGAAAUAUUUUAUUUAGAUCAGACAGGGUCACUGACGAUUGCUAUUGCAAUUAUAAUUAAGCAGCUCACUGAAACUGAAUAUACUCUUACAAUUCAAGUGUUUGUUAGUUACAAUUAAUUGUGAUUAUGCAGCAGAAAUCACAGUUAUGAUUACAAUCAUAGCACACUAUAAAGGAACAAAUACUCUGGGAUAUAGAACCUUUUCCUCAUAUAACUAUUUUGUGAUAUGUUUAUAGCUAUCAUCCGUGUCCAAAGUUAACAAUACAUUUGAUAUAUGUUUGUAAACAUUGUGUGUGAGUUGGAAUAAGCCUAUACUUUAAUGUGAGUCAUUUUGUUUAUUCAAAUCAAUGUUUUAGGAAAUGCGUUUCUCAAUCAAUAGUCUACUCAGUGCUUUUCAUAUUCAUCACUAAACUCAGUUUUAUAAUCAGACUCAGACGAUUCCAUGACCUUUCUUGGAAGCCCAACAUGGAAGAAAAUGGCCUGGCACUUAAAGCAUCUGUGUAUACUUUAGGCUGCAAAGACACGGUGGACUUAUGGUAAUCAAGCAUUCUUUAUCAGGUUCAUACAAUAUUGUUAGUCAGGGUCAGUUAAUGCAGAUUUUUGCCAAUAAAAAACUUGUAUUGGUA